AUGAAGCUACUUCUUUCUCUGACUCUCAUCUGGGCUCUCUCCAGCACAACUGCUGCUCUUGUGUGUCAGACUUGCACAGAUGAUUCAUGUACAAGCACCGUGCCACUAACAUGUGCCACAGAGACAAUGUGUAUAACUGCCGCCAUUGAAGCUGUUUCAUCUGGAACUCCUGGCCAACAAAUCUUUAAGGCGUGUGCAUCGUCCUCCCUGUGUCCAGCCACAGGAUCUCAGAUAUUUUCAGUCAACUUGGGUGUUUCGAGUGCACUUGCAUCUGCUACAUGCUGCAACACAGAUAACUGCAACUCAGCCACUCUAUCAUUCCCCACCACUCCAUCAGUCAACAGCCUCCAGUGUUAUUCAUGUGACCCUGCCACAUCACAAUGCACCACUUCAGUACAGUGUACAGGAACACAAGAUCGCUGCUUUCAAGCAAGUGGUGAGUCUUUUUAUUAUAUAUUGACAAAUGGGGCCUCCACUUCUCCUGCCUUUGGUUGUGCAUCUACAAACAUGUGUGCAGCUGCUGCUAGCUUGGGGACACUACCUUUUAUGCAAAAUGUUGGCAGCAUUAGCAGUGGACCAACUUGUUGUGAGACAAAUCUAUGUAACACUCUCACAACAACUGCUGCCCCAACUACAACAACUGCUGCUCCAACGACAACUGCUGCUGCAACUACAACUGCUUCUCCAACAACAACUGCUUCACCAACUUCGACUGCUGCCACAACUACAACUGCUUCUUCAACAACAACUGCUUCACCAACUUCAACUGCAGCUUCAACUACAACUGCUGCUCCUGCUGUUCCAACAACUGUUUCUGCAACUUCAACUGCUGCUCCAACAAUUGCUUCCCCAACUUCAACUGCUGCCACAACUACAACUGCUUCACCAACUUCAACUGCUUCCCAAACUUCAACUGGAGAUGCAACUACAACUGCUUCACCAACUUCAACAGCUGCCCCAAUAACUGUUUCCGCAACUACAACUGCUGCCCACACAACUGCUUCACCAAUUUCAACUGCUGCCUCACUACAACUGCUUCACCAACUUCAACUGCUGCCACAACUAACUGCUUCAACUUCAACAACUGCUUCACAACUUCCAACUGCUGCGCUGCUUCCCAACUGCUCAAACAACUGCUUCCACCAACUGCUGCCGCAACUACAACUGCUUCUCCAACAACAACUGCUUCACCAACCAUUGCUGCCACAACUGCUGCUUCACAACUUCAACUCAACCACAACUGCUUCACCAACUUCAGUUGCUACCCCAACUGCAACAGGUGUACCAGCUACAGCAACCCCUGCCCCAACAGUCAUCUCAACCAUAGCAACCUCUGCUCCACCAACAGCAACAUCCAACUUAGCGACACAAACCAACCCAACUACAACUACAACUACCUCCAGUUCUGCUUGUUGUAUCAGACUGGGUAUGAUCCAUCUUCUGUUAGGACUUCUUUUAUUUACCCUCUUUUAG